ACUUCUUUCGGCUGUCGUAUCAGUUGAACACGAGACGUCGGUGUUGCAGUUGUUGGUUGUGCCACGUCUAACCUAACCUGUUGAGCGUAUCUUUGCGCGUCCUCUGAACGACUUCUGAUAUUUUAACGGACUUUACCACUUUGAAAUAAAAGUUACUGAACAGAAAAAAGCCACCAAAAUGAGUUGCGGGAUGGGAAUGAUAAAAUACCUACUCUUCAUAUUCAAUUUCAUCUUCGCGCUAUGUGGGUUAGCUAUCCUAGGAGUCGGUGUCGCUGCACACCUGCGGCUGUCAAGUGUAACCGACCACCUUGACACGGGUGUUAUGUUCCCGUCGAUAACGUUGAUUGUCGUCGGUAGUAUAAUAUUCGUGGUAUCAUUUUUCGGAUGCUGCGGUGCCAUCCGGGAGAGUCAUUGCAUGACAAUUACUUUCGCAUCGUUCCUUCUGUUCAUCUUACUGAUACAAGUGGCAGUUGCGGUGUAUGCGUUCAUGGUCGUUAAAAACAGCGAGAACCACGGCGCUAUUGUAGAAUCUUACAAGAAAAUGUUCGACACUUAUUCGACGAGUCAGGAAAACCGAGAAAUUAUUGAUGUCGUUCAAGCCAGCUUGCAAUGCUGUGGUAUCGAUAGUGCACAAGAUUAUAUUAGCCGUAAUAUCGCUGUACCCUGGAGUUGUUGUGGCGAACAACAAGAUAAAACUUGUUCUGUGGAGAACUCAUACAAUUCCGGCUGCGUAAAAUCAUUGAAAGCUGCACUUUCGACCGCAGGAAAUAUACUUGGUGGCGUUGCUAUUGGUAUUGCUGGUGUUGAGUUGAUUGGCAUAAUUUUUGCACUUUGCUUGGCGAAUUCUAUAAGGAACGCUCAACGCAGAGGUUACAGAGUGUGAAAAUUUAAUAAACGUCGAACGAAAAAUAUACGUUAAAAGUAAAAAGUAAUAUAAUUAAUGACACUACCAUUAAUAAUUUGAUUAUAAGACGCGUUAAAAGUUGCAGUUAUUGUACUGAAUCAAAUUUAAACAGUUCUAUAAAUGGUAGAGGACCAAACGAAAGAAGAAUGAAGUGCCCUUUCAGUUUAACUUGGAACAUUAUUUUCAUUUAAAUCUUCACGUGUAAUAUCGAAUAUGUAAACGUAUUAUUUAAUAUAUUUUUUAUUUUGAUAUGUUUCUAUGAAAUUGGAUGUACUGUUUAUUAUUUACGAUAAACAAAACAAUAGUAGUAAUCACCGAUAAUAAGUAUAAUAAUAAUCGGUGCAAAACGUUUCUAAAGGUUCGGUAUGUUUCUCGUGCCUACUAUUGUUAUAUAAUUUUUGUUUAUGUUCAUGUAUAAUUUACCAAUUCGAUGCAAAUUAUUAAGAAAGAACUACUGAACUAAAGAACUAAUGACCCGGUGUAAUAAAUGAUUUUUAAAUGUAAUUUGUAAUUCAUAAAAUUGAAGGUUAUAUACCUCGAUAUCGAAAAAUUACAUCACAGUGCAUUACAACAUACUACGUAGUGCUGCGAGCAUUAUAUAGAAAGGUAUGUUUAUAAUAUUUUGAAAAGUAUUACACAUUAUUUACAGAUGCUUUUAUAAAAUAUAAUUCAUAUUGUUAUUUGUACAGCACACGUUCACUAUAUUCUUCAGAAAGUAC